AUGUCCAAACCACGCAUGCUGUCCUCGCAGCCCAAACGCUCAUGGGGCGACUCGCCCAACUCGGACAACGACGAACCCGAAAACACGCGACCCGACUUCGUACUCGGGUCGGACGAGUGGCCGCCGACGCCGCCUAAGAAGCGCACGGCGGUGGUCACCGCCGCGAAGGGCAAGCAGCCGAGUGCGAUGGGAGGAUUGGGCGGACAGUCGGGCGCGAGGGCGAUGGGAGGACAGGCGCAGGGGAGGCCGCUCGCGAGCGUGCAGAAGCCCGCGUUCGUCAAGGAGUCUCCUGGUGGAAGCAAGGUCCCUCUCGCGCCGCUCUUCCGCCGUGCUCCCUCCGCCUCGACUUCCUCCUCCUCCUCGCGUCCCGGGCCGUCGACCUACGCCUACAACAACCCCACGACCGGCUCCGUCCUACCCAAGAAGCGCACCCUGCCCUGGGAAGAACUCGAAGCCUCGACCUCACGCUCAACCACCUCUUCCUCCUCCUCGUCGCGCAACUUUCACGAACUCGCCGGUCCGUCAGGCGUCAGGAACGCAGCGGGCGGUGCAGGGAGGUUGUUGAUGAGCGAGUCGAUGGAUAUCAAGCAGAAGGUCGUCUUGAGUCCGGAACAACAGACGGUUCACAAGUUGGUUGUCGAGGACGGCAAGAACGUCUUCUUCACCGGGUCCGCCGGAACGGGCAAAUCCGUCCUCCUCCGCGAAAUCAUCUCGUCCCUCAAGCGCAAAUACAAAUCCAACGCCGACGCCGUCGCCGUCACGGCCUCGACGGGCAUGGCGGCGUGCAACAUUGGUGGACAGACGAUUCACUCGUUUGCGAGUAUCGGGAUCGGGACGGGCAGUGUCGAGCAACUGGUUGCCAACAUCAAGAAGAACAGGAACGCCAAUGCCAAGUGGCAGAGGGUCAAGGUGCUCGUCGUCGACGAAGUCUCGAUGGUCGACGGGAUCCUCUUUGACAAACUCGCCAAGAUCGCCGAGUCGCUCAAGAAGAACCCGCGCUCGAAGACGGCGUCGUCCAAACCUUUCGGGGGCAUCCAGCUCGUCGUAACAGGCGACUUCUUCCAGCUCCCGCCCGUCACCAAAGGCUCGAGUCCGACGUUCGCGUUCGAGGCGCAGGCGUGGAAGGAGUGUAUCCACCACACGGUCAACUUGACGCAGGUGUUUAGGCAGAAGGAUACGGAGUUCAUCGACAUGCUGAACGAGAUGAGGUUCGGCAAGUUGAGCCAGUCGUCGAUCGACAAGUUUUACGCGCUCAAGCGCGAACUCAAGUACAGCGAGAUCGAGCCCACCGAGCUCUUCCCCAUGCGCCACGACGUCGACCGCGCGAACCAAAACCGCCUCCGCUCACUCGCAGGCGAAUCGCGCCUCUUCCGCGCCGAAGACUCGGAACCCGACCCCUCUAAACAAGGCCAAUGGUUCAAAAACAUCAUGGCGCCCGACGUUCUCGAACUCAAGAUUGGCGCUCAGGUCAUGUUGAUUAAGAACUUGGACCAGAACUUGGUCAAUGGCACGGUUGGGCAUGUGGUGGGUUUUGGGGUGCCGGAACUUGCGGAUGACGAGGAUGAGGACGGGGGAGAGGGGAAGGAAGGAUGGACGCUCAAUUCGUGCGACGAGCCGGUGCGGAUCAAGGGCGAGAUGAGCGUCACCGAGGCGCGCAAGAGGCAGAAGAUUGCCGAGGGCGUCGCGAGCGGGAGGAUCGAGCAGGGUCCGGUCGUCGCGUGGCAGACGCCGAACGGGAUCGAGAAGAAGGUCAUGGUCCGCGAGGAGUUCAAGCACGAGGACAACAACGGGCAGAAGUUGAGUUGGCGGAAGCAGUACCCGAUCAUCCUCGCCUGGGCGAUGAGCAUCCACAAGUCGCAAGGCCAGACGAUCCAGCGCGUCAAAGUCGACCUCGGCAAAGUCUUCGAGAAGGGCCAGUCGUACGUCGCCCUUUCCCGCGCCACGUCCCUCGAGGGACUGCAGGUCCUCCGCUUCGAUCCGAAAAAGGUGCUCGCGCACGAAAAGGUCAUCCAGUGGAGCCGCUCCCUCGAAGUCCUCAGCUAG